AUGGUUCUGCAAACGACAAGGAUUGAGAUUGCGAGAUCGCCUGCAAAGGUCCGAGAGGUGUUCCUCGAGUUCUCGUCCUGGCCACAAUGGGCUUCAACUCAUUUCAAAUCUGUCGACAGACUGGCGCCACAGAAGGAGUCGAUCGAGAAAGGCGACAAGCUGAAAGUCGUGAUGCCGGGAAUGACCUUCAAUCCUACCGUCUUGGCAAACGAUCCGUCAGUCUUCCAAUGGCGAGGUAGUCUAUGGGGUCUGUUGAACGGCGAUCACUCGUUCAAGUUUCAACCGAGUGAGACGACUCCUGGAGGAACGACGUUUGUGAAUGAGGAGAAAUGGCAUGGACCAGUGCUUAGCCUGAUCAAGCCAUUCUGGUCGCCGAGUGAAGAGGCACCCAAGGGGUUCUUAUCAUUCAACGAAGAGUUGAAGAAAAGGGCAGAGAGUCUCAGUGAGUGA